ACCAGUUUGUCAACAACUCAGCAAGAAGGUGUGUCGGCCAGCCAACUUCCUCAGCGUCGACCGAGCAAAUUGCAAAGCCAGACCACAUCAUCGCUCACCUGUCCGGUAGACAGGCCGUCUCAAUGCAUUACAGAGGACCGAGAACAUCGCGGGGAUCAUGGAUGUGUCCGAUUUGUUUAGCAGUUGCAAAAAGGGCGACAUUUGUAGAGUCAGAUACCUCGUUGAACAAAGAGACGUGGAACUCAAUGUAAGGGAUAAAUGGGACAGCACCCCUUUGUAUUAUGCCUGCCUCUGUGGCCAUGAGGAGCUGGUCCAGUACCUGUUGGCUAGUGGUGCCAAGUGUGAAGCCAACACGUUUGAUGGCGAGCGGUGUGUGUACGGCUCUCUGAGUGAUUCAGUUCGCCGCCUGCUCAAAGACUAUAAGUGCAUCAGUGUCCGUGCCAUGCAGCGGGAUGAUUUUAACUACUUCCUGCACUCGUUACUGGAGCAGGGUCAGCACAGUGACGUGAAGUUCCUCGUUCAUGGACAAAUAUUCACAGCUCACAGAUGUGUCCUCAGUGCACGCUCAGAGUACUUCACUGAAAUGUUUGAGACCAAGUGGAAAGGGAAGACCUUGAUCACCCUCAAACAUCCUUUGAUCAACCCUGCAGCUUUUGGAGCCAUCCUGCAAUAUUCAUACACAGGACGAAUGGAUAUUGACAUAAGCCUCGUGGAGGACUGCAGGCGACUUGCUAAACAGUGCAAAAUGGAUGAUCUGAUCGAGGAGCUUGAGAAUAAGUGCAAACAAGUGUAUGAGUUUGUGUCCAACAAGCCAGGAAUCUGUGUGAAGGUUCUCAGCCUGGAGCCUCACAGCUGUCAACUUCAGGAGAACAUGGCUCAGUUAGCAGACUGCGCUCUUCCCAUUGAACUAAGAGUUGGAUUUGGUGAACUUCCCUUUAACAGAGUCGACCGCUUCCCCACUUAUCCCGACAUCUGCUUUAGAGUGGAUGGUUUUGACUUCUUGUGUCAUAAGGCGUUUUUCUGCGGACGUAGUGAUUAUUUUAAAGCCUUGCUGGAGGACCACUUCAGUGAGGGAGAGCAGCUGCAGUCCCAGCCCAGCACGCCAGUGAUUACUUUACACAACAUUUCCCAUGAGAUAUUCAUCCACGUCAUGUAUUACAUCUACACUGACAACACAGAGCUGAUAACAGAUAUCGUGUUUGACGUGCUGUGUGUGGCCGACAUGUAUCUGCUGCCGGGGCUGAAGCGUAUUUGUGGCAAGGCACUCGCGAAGACCAUAUGCGAGGACAACGUUAUUUACAUGUGGAAGAUGGCAAAGCUUUUCCAUCUGUCUCGGCUGGAGGAUCACUGCACCGAGUUCAUGGCCAAGAUCAUCGAGCGGCUGGUGGAGCAGCCGGAGUUUGCAGAGAUCAUCAAAGAGGACGCUGCGUCGUUGGAGGAGCGACACGAGACCGACUCCGUCCCAGUGGUGGACGAAAUCCGUUACCACAUCGCCAGCAACGUGCAGACGUACAGCGCGAUUGAGGAGGCCAAUCAGAAACUGUAUGCCUUGGAGGAGCUGCUCGUCAGCAUCAAUAUCAACUGCUGAGGGGUCGGCAGGAUUGGGGUUUGCGGCUGCAGCUGCCGCGGAGUUUGAAGUUUUUAAGGUGGAUGCUUUGGGACGGUGGUAGUGCAAAACAUCUGUAGUAGCGAGAGAAAACAUAUGGGUCUGUAUGUUAGUGGGUUUUAUUUUAUUUACAGUAUAUUGUACAGAAUAUAUAUUUUCAAGGAUUUUCUGAUGCAUUUUCAGAGAAAGCUCUUAAAAGUUUCUUUGAGUGAGACACAUUAUAAGAUACUUGGUAAAAAGUACUGCAAGAUGGGUUUUGGGGAAACUGUGUAUGAUACAUUUACAACAGAAUUUCUUUCAAUUGCACAUGCAUGGAUUUAUUUUAGGCAUCCUUUGUAGCUGCUGGAAUUUAGACGACUUCCUAGACAUUAAUCUCUUUUAAAAUGUACUUUUGCCCCAACAAAGUUCAGCACCAGCCCUUAUGUCGAACUCCAUGAAAUUAUUUUUUUAUGCCAAACGAGUGCACGCAAUGCAUUGACACCCACUUGGGUAAAAAGGCGAACAGUGCGGUAUGUUCACUUUGUUCAUUUAAUAUUUUUACCUUUAACUCCUCAUUUUAUUCAUGAAGAAUGUAGCCUUAUGAUGUAUUUCAUGUGUAGAAGCAUGCAACAUUUAUUUUGGACUUGACCCAAUUUGGCAGCUGAACUUCACCACACUAUUCAACCUGUUACAUUCCUCCAUCGUGACACUUACUUUUCUUACACUUAUCCCCCUCUUACAUGUUCUUCGACUUUGUUUGAACCUGAAAUGGUAAAAAUUUAAUUUCCUGCUGCCUUGUAUGACAGCAAACCUCUUUUGCCUAGUGUGUGCACAAGAAAAUAAAGCUGUUACUAAACUGUU